GUCUGCGGAGCUAUUCGUAGACAUUGCUGCCAACCGCGGCUCGGGGCUGCCUGCGAGCUCAACGCAGCCGGUGCAAUAUUCAAACACAAGCCUUAUAAAGUAGCGACAGAAUGUGGUCACAGUUGCUGGCACAAUUACGCGUAAAACUAACAAGGAGAGUGAGCGGCGUGCAGAUGGGGAGUAGACUGGUUUAAAAAGACAAAAAUGACAUGAUGAUGAUGAUGCAGCUGAGUUAUUGACGCACGGAUGCUUUUUUCUUUUUUUCAACUUUGAUUUGUUGUUGAGCUGAAUAACAAACAACAUGCCCCACGCUCGAAAUAGGAACCCAAGCCCCAUCCCGGAGGUAACAUGGGACACGGGACUCAAAGAGAUGAACGAGACCUGGAAAGGGGCUAUUGCUUGUCUGGGGGUAGCUGUCUUCUUCGUAAUGACCAUCGGGAUCAUUUACUGGCAAGUGGUGGACCAGCCCAACAAGAACUGGAUCCUCAGGGGGACUUUCAGUGGACUCAUCUGGGAGAGGAGAACCCACUCUCUGGUCAUACAGACUCUGACCGAGGACAGGACCUACGUGGAGAUAGACGUGGGAAACGUAGGGAAUCCCGACAUCGAGGUCCCAUUCGUGAGGAACCUGUGCUGGUUGAACAAAACCGAGUUCUGCUACACAUGGGACUCGGUGGCCGAGGUGAAGAUCUCGCUGGAGGUUAACGAGGAUGCAGAGACUGAGUGUUACAGCAUGGCCUGGACGCCGGUGCACUGUCAUGUGGAGCUGAAGGACUGCUUCUCCAUGGCCAAUGUCUCCUGGUACGGCGGUGCAAGUGUCCAGGGUCAGACCUGGCCAAUUAAUGAUCAGAACAUCACAAUGCAGCCAUACGUGGUCAGCGAUCUGAGGGACACACCAUCUGGAUACGGCUCUCCCCUGGAACGCUUCUUUCUUGGUUCAUCGG